CCGAGUGGAUCAAAACCAGCUUCUAUUUUGGAAACCGGAACCUCGGUCGGUCGUCGUGCUGCGCGCGAAGCGGGAUCAGCUGAUGGGAACUGACUCACCACUUCCCGCACAGCGUGUAACCUCACCGAGCCGAGGCCAGGACACCCAGGCGGAUCGUACUGAACUCGAGCUUCUGCUGAGGAGGGUCAGCGUGAGCUGCUGGAUCCGGAUUCAGACUCUCGUGUCCUGUGUGAAUCCAUGGCGGGUGUUUGAGAGCUCCUCCUCCUCCUCGCUGCCUGACUCAGAAGUGACAGAGGAGGUGAAGAAAAACCAGACUAAAGAUGUUCGCCGGUGUCCUCCGGUCUCCUGGGAGGGAAACGGCAGCGCUGCAGGUCAACCCGGCCGACGUCCCAGCCCUGGAGAUCAAACUGGGAGCGCUGGUGGUCCUGCUGUCCGUCACACUGCUGUUUGGGUUCGCCCCGGUCUGCGUCGUCCGGGGGGCGGGGCGCUGCAGUGUGGAUCCAGAUUUGCGGCGCAGGCUGCUGAGUUUGAUCAGCUGUUUUGCUGGUGGAGUUUUCUUGGCCACGUGUCUGCUGGACCUGCUGCCAGACUACCUGCAGGGCAUCAAUGAGGCCUUCGGCAACGCAGGAAUCACACUCCAGUUCCCUCUGCCUGAGUUCAUCGUGGCCAUGGGCUUCUUCCUGGUCCUGGUCCUGGAGCAGAUCAUCCUGGCCUUUAAGGAGCAAUCAUCCUCUCACUUGGAGGAGCGUCGGGCUCUGCUGGUGGACUCCAGCGUCCAGGCAAACGACAGGAACGGGCGCCAUCACUCCCACCGCCGUCGUGGGUCAGAGGAAUCCAAUGGCGGCCACUUCCACGUGGACUUCGGCUCCCAGUCCGCCCUGCGCGCCUUCAUCCUGGUCUUCUCGCUGUCUCUGCACUCAGUGUUUGAGGGUUUGGCGGUGGGGCUGCUGGAGGACGGGAAGGAAGUGCUGGAGAUCUGCCUGGCGCUGAUGAUCCACAAGAGCAUCAUUUCCUUCAGCCUGGCCUUUAAGCUGACCCAGGGCCAGCUGCGGCGCUCGGUGGUUUUCGGCUGCCUGCUGCUGUUCGCCAUCAUGUCCCCUCUGGGCAUCGGUAUGGGCAUCGGCCUCACCGAGACCAAGGCGUCCCCGCAGCACCAGCUGGCCCGCUGCACGCUGGAGGGGCUGGCAGCAGGAACCUUCAUCUACAUCACCUUCAUGGAGAUCCUGCCGCACGAGCUCGGCUCCGCCAGGAACCGCAUCCCCAAGGUGGCCGUGCUGCUGGUGGGCUUCGCUGUGGUCACUGCCGUGCUCUUCAUCAAAUUGUAACCAUGGAAACACAGACAUUUGGCGAGAAAGUCUGUCAUAAAACCAAGAGUUCUCACUUUGGCAGCCAGCGUGUCGAUCUGACGCUAUGUAUCAGCGCUCUGCCUGUUCAGUAUCGUCAGCUCAGAAAUCAGGAAUCCAAUCCUUUGUCUUUAACUUUUUGGAAAGUAAUGAAAAUGUAUUAUACAAUGCAUACUUUCUGUGCUUUUGAACCGUAGUCAUGUAGAUUGCAUUCGGCGCUCCAUAACGACGUAGUUAAAAGGAACACUGCACCAAAUCUGUGGUUUGAGUAUCAGAAGGCCCCCCCUGUGGGCGUGAAAGGAGGCUCUGAAAAGCUGAUCUUGCUUCUUCUUGGAGGACGGCAGCUGGAGUCAGAGUCGUGUCAAAACAUCCGUAGAAACUUCUCAGAUCACUCCUGCAACAUAUUUCACUCCUCAGUCACUGCUCCGUGUGUUCAGUGUGGUCCAAAUAGCCGUCGUUUGGCCAGCAAAUGGAUACAUACACGACUUACUUUCGUGAUAACGUGACAUGAAAACCGUGUAUUUAGUGACGUCGCAUGUUAGGACCAUAUUGAACAUAUUGGAUGGAGAGCUGAGAAGUGGAGUGUGCUGCAGAAGUUUAAGUUUAAGACGUUUCUAUGGACGUUUUGACGCGUCUUUGCUGUGGCUGAUUACUUUCACUGUCCUCCACAAAGGAGCUGACUACGCACUUCUCAGAGUGACCCUUCCGGCCCACGGGGGGGAGGGGGGGGGGACGACUGACAGGGAAGCAUCCCUCUACGUUUGCAACCUGUCUGUACGAGGCGUGACACCGGGACAGUUCAGAGUCCUGGUUUUCACCUGGAGGUAACGAGGCUUCGUGCAGAGGUGAGGUUCGGAGUCAGUUUGCUCUUUGCUCUUGGCAUUCAUUCACCGACCGCCAUAGAGUGGGUACAUUUCAGAUUUCAGUUUCAUAAAGUUGCCUUGGACUGACCAGCAAAGUGUUAAGUAUAAAGCUGAAACUAAUGAUUUAUUUAAUUUGUAUUAAUCUAGUGGUUAUUUUUUUCAAUUAUUGUUUAACUGUUGAUCUAUAAAACAUCAGUAAAUAGCGAAAAAUGUCCAUCACAAGUUCUGAGACUCCAAAGUGACGUCUUCACGUGUCUUGUUUUGUCCGACCAGCAGCCCAAGACCCAAACGUAUUCCGUUCACAAAGAUUUAAAACAGAGAGAAGCUGGAAGCAGGAAAUAUUUCGAUUUCGGGUUUAAUAAAUGACUUGCUCUGGUGCUUUCACCGCUACGUGGACCCCUGACCACAGCCCUAACCCUAGACUACUCUGACUAAUCAUUGUUUUUGCAAUCAUGUCAGAUAUGAGCUCUUUAUGAAUCAGAAUCAGAAAGACCUUAUUGAUCCCCGAGGGGAAACUCUUUUGCUACAGCAGCUCGCUGUCACGUCAGUGCACACAGGAAUACAAUCCACUAUAAUACAGGUCAGAUAGAUUAAGUACAAGUGGGUAUAAAAUAAAAUAAAAUAAGUGUGAAGUACACAGUGGGUGUACCGGUUGAUGAUAAUAAUACGGUAUAAGGUAAUAGUGCAUGCACAGGACAAUUGUAGGAUAUGAGUGUUAAGGGGAAAGCCAGCUCAUUAGUAUCCACGCUGCCCCCUCCCAAUAUGACCACACCUACCUGCCAACAAACAUCUCCCGUAAUCACAGAGGUCAUGUUUGCACCGCAGAUAUCUGCAACUAACACCAUCCAUUUCAGUUUGCAGCGGUGAAAAUGUGUCCCGGCAGAGCUGGAGACAGACGUGCGAAUAUGUGAUUUCUGCUUUUCUUGGCUGCACGGGCAGAAACAGAAACCACUUUGUGUCCUGGUCUGCGGGAAAACCUCCAAAUGUUCCUCCUUCCACUUCAGCUAAAACAAGUCUUUUAUUUAGACGACGCUCCGCAGAGAGACGCUCCGCUGGGUGAGCACAAUGGGCCGGUUGUUGUUUCGGUCAGAGGGAAUUUACUACAGGGCCGGACUCUGCAAGGUCAGAGCCGGCGGGUGGAAACCUUGUAUCUGCUAUAAGAUCAGCUUUGAUUUAUUUUUGACUUCAUUCAUCUUGCUUUAACGGGAUUUUAUGUGCAGAAAAAGCGCAGAAAUGUUCUGCAGAAACCAUGAAAAAGAGGCGUUGAUGUGAUGAGAGUGAUGUGUUUUUGACAAUGGCACUACAGAAAUGUAUUUUUGAAAUUAUGACACCAAAGUCUUUGAUCCAAAGUCAUUUUAAGGGCUACAGUAUUUUAAUCACUGUGUUGAAUGUGUGAAAUAUGUGUCAUAUUUUGUAUUGUGAUGAUACAUGAAAGACUGAUUUAAACAUAAAAUAGUUUUUGAGAUCA